AAAUAGCGGCGUUUACAAAGAAACAGUGUCGCGCGCUUCAAAGAUCCGAUCGUUGCGUCAAACUUUUAACAGGAUAUAUAAAAGAUGAGGCUGAAUUAUUUAUUUAUUAAGAACAAAUCAGCCGUAAUUCCUGUUACAUAAUUUCCAUUGAACCUCGGCGCGUCCACCCGCCUGCCAGAGCGCGUUCACCAGCCGAGGGCUACUAGUUCACCCACGGUUAACCCGUACUAGACGUAACUAGAAGACCGCGAACAGGAAGAGUCCCGUGAUCGAGUCCGGCGCCGAAGCGGAGCAGCGGGAGCAUGCGGAGGCUGCGUGCGGCGCGGGGCGGCUCGGUGCUCGGCCUCGUGCUGCUGCUGCUGCGCGCUGAACUCUGCGGGUCCCAGAGACUCCUUCCUCAGAACAGAGCGUCCGAGUUCCUGCAGAGACACAGACGAGCGAACAGUCUGUUUGAGGAGAGUAAGAAAGGAAACCUGGAGCGCGAGUGCAUCGAGGAGCUGUGCAACAAGGAGGAGGCGCGCGAAAUCUUUGAGAACAAUCUGGAAACGGAAUAUUUCUAUCCCAAGUAUGUUGCGUGUCUGGGCUCUCACCGUGUGGGGAUCAGUAGUCCGAGCUCCGAGCCAGGAAUCCCUCAGAACCUGCGCUCCUGUGUUCAAGAGAUCAGUGACCAGUGUCUGCCGCCGCCGUGUCUCCUGGAGGGGUCCGAGCGCUGUGUGGACGGUCAGGGGUCCUUCACCUGUGUGUGUAAAACCGGCUGGAGAGGUCAGCGCUGCGAGGAGGAUAUUAAUGAGUGUGACGACCCAGAAUUCCCUGCGGGCUGCAGUCAGACGUGUCACAACCUCCCGGGCAGCUUCCUGUGCGGCUGUGAGAAGGGCUUCUACAGCCACGACAGCGUCCACUGCAUCGAUAUCAAUGAGUGUAUCCUGUACCCCAGUGUGUGUGCGGAACCUUCGAAAUGUGUAAACGCUCCGGGAACGUUCGAGUGCCGCUGCCCGCUGGGAUACCAGUACAACAUGAGCUCACACGAGUGUGUCGACGUGGAUGAGUGUGAGCAGCAGGUGUGUGAGGGCGAGUGUGUGAACAGCGUGGGGAGCUUCCUCUGUCUCUGUGAGGGUCGUAAGGGUCUGCGUCUGGCGGAGGACGGCCGGCGCUGCCAGAAGAUCCCCGAGUGUCUGGAUCUGUACGACUACAAGCACGAGGAGAUGCUGUUCCUGGGAGAGCAGUUCUCCGGGUCUCCCGUCAUCUACCUGCGCUUCCGCCUGCAGCCCGACACCAGGUUCGCCGCUGAGUUUGAUUUCCGCACGUUUGAUCCGGAGGGAGUGAUCCUGUACGCCGAGUCUGGUCUGGACUGGUUCCUGCUGGGUCUGCGCUCCGGACGCAUCGAGGUCCAGUUCAAGAACGAGCACUCCAUCAAGAUGACCAGCGGAGGAAAGGCCAUCAACGACGGACAGUGGCACGUGAUCUCGGUGGAGGAGCUGACAGGAAGCGUGAGCGUGAAGAUCAGUAAAGAAGCUGUGAUGAGCAUCAACAGUCCUGAACGUCUCUUCAGUCCCAUCAACAACAAGCUGGAGACUAAAGUGUACAUCGCCGGUCUGCCCAGUCGGAACGAGAGCCUCGUCAAAGCGAUCAACCCGAGGCUGGACGGCUGUAUCCGAGGCUGGAAUCUGAUGAAUCAGGGAGCGUCUGGAGUGAAGGAGGUGAUUCAGGAGAAGGAGAGCAAGCACUGUUACGUGUAUGUGGAGAAAGGCUCGUUCUUCAGCGGCGGAGGCCUGGCGCUCUUCAACAUCGACUACAGCAGGGCAGCUCUCUGGGCGCUGGAUGUUGUGAUGAGCGUCCGUCCGUCCAGCAGCACCGGGAUGUUGUUUGCUCUGGUCAGCAACGGCUCUGUCCCGCUGUCGGUCGCCGUGGUGACGCGAGGAGCGGAUGAUGCUGAUCUGCAGGUGUUUGUGGACGGUGUGUGUGUGGCCACGCUGCAGUCUCUGAUGCUGUGUUAUCCGGAGCGGAUGCUGGUGGAGAUGAGAGCGUCGCCGGACGGGAUCCAGAUCUCGGCAAACUCCUCCAGCGUGUCUUACAGCGAGCCGGAGACGCUCCGGGCGGCUCUGAGCAGACUCUCCAGCGCCAUGCAGGCUCCCGGCCUCCAGACGUACAUCGGAGGACUGCCAGAUCUUCCGCUGUCCGUCGCUCCGGUCUCGGCCUUCUACCACGGCUGUCUGGAGAUCAGCGUGAACGGACAGCAGCUGGACUUCGACGAGGCCGUCAGUAAAGACAACAGCAUCAAGUCUCACUCCUGUCCUCCCGUCUCCUCCCCGGCCGCUCUCAACAGGAAGUGACAUCACUGCCUGUGAGUGCCUGUCAGACACGUGGCUCCGGGUCCCUUGUGUUUUUAAUUGAUCCGCUCAUUAGACGACUAACCUGUGAAGGAGCUCGUGAGCCUCUUGUGUUUUUAUUGCUGCGCUGUGUCUUUAAGCAGGUUUUUGAACCCUCUCUUUGGAUCUUGUAUAUAACACACUAAUUUGAAUGCAAUGUGAGUAUGUUUAGUUGGGUGCUGAACACUAGUUACACAUUAAUUGUUGUAAUAAAACAUGAAAAUGCGGCUUGUUGUUGUCAUGGAAACUCAAAUCUCAGCUUUUUUAAAAUCAAAAUCCCAUUUUAGACACGCAUGAGAGUGUUUAACUGUUUAAGUACCUCUUAACUUUCACUACAUUCUGAAAUCAGUUUUAGUUGAUGUUAGUUGAUGCUAUACUGAUUCUAUCUGUGACAGUAUUUAUUCAUCUUUGUUAAUGUUAGUUAAUAAAAAUACAGCUCUUUAUUGUUGCUUCAUGUUAGCUCAGGUCCAUUAAAUAUUAAUAUUAAAAGUGUAUCCGUUAAUAUGAAUGUAAUGAGCAAUAAAUGGGAUUAAUAAAUGCA